ACAACAAGAGCAAACUAGUUUCAUAAGCCCGCCUGAGUAUCCAACAGGUUUCUGUCCACCUUUGUGGUUCUUCUCGAUGUGUUUUAAUAAAGAAUGUUAAGUUGUGAUAAACACCUUGGAUUAUUUCAGUUGUUGGCGUUAAACUUACUACAUGUUUUCAAUAUGAGUUAGGUGUUCAAAGCCAAAAGGAAUACUAUAAUUCGUAAACAGGUGCCAACUAUAGUAACAAUGAGGUCAUAUAUGACUGACCACCGAACACCUUUGGCUUGGCGACAUCGUGAUAUGACAUUGCCAAAUGGACCGAGAAAUGGUCAUCAUCACCACCAUCAUCACAGAUCACCUCCCAGUCCGUCUGUGACUACAACUUCAUCUGAUGAGAGAGAAGAAGUUCCAAUGGUCAGAGGGCCACCACUAAGAAGACCAAACAGCCGGACAACAGCCCGGUAUCAUAGGGAUGGCCAAUCACAAUUUUCAGCUGUAGAACCUUACCCUGGUGUUGUUGGGCCGCCUUUCAGAAAUGGCGGAACUCUUAGGUCAACCAGAAGUGUACCAGCUAUUGCAUUAGCAACAUGGGAUGGUGAGCCAUGCCCGGUCCAUGGCCAUGGACUACCACUAUUCCAUCACCAGCACCAUCCCAUAGGGCACAGCAAUAGCGGCACCAUGAGGCGACACGGUUCCCUGUUCGACGUUCGAUUGCCAUAUUAUGGUCAUCACCCUCCACCUUUCCCACCAGCUCUGCAAUAUCCACCACCUCCGCCAUCACACCUAGAAAAGAAAUCAUUCCAUGGAUCGAUGCAAGUGUUUCCUAAUCCGUACCUAAUGCCACCGAUGAUGCGGCCGAGACCGUUCGUGAUCCCUGCAGGGGCGGAACCACUACCUGUUAGGGAUCCUUUCAAAUUAAGAACUCCGCCCGCAUCAGGAUACGCGGGAUCAAAAGCAGACGAUGUCUACAGUGUAGAUCAAAUAUGUUGCAAGGGACAUUUGAUUGUGCUAUGGAUUAUCCUAGCUGUGGUCACUAUUGGUGUUAUAUUAGGAAUUGUAUUGGGAGUGACUAUUGCAUAGCGGGAAAAAAGAGCUUAAAUCUCUGUAUUAAUUUUUCACUGGAAAGUAUCAAAAUCAAACUCACAGAAUUUAAAACUUUUCAACUUAGAUACAGCAAGGUAGUUGAACUUAUCUAAGCGAAAAAAAUAUACAUGGUGUUUUGUUUUUAACAUUUGUACAGGAUGUUCCCAAACUUGAUUCACAAAUUCAGCAGGGUUAUAAAAGGCCUCAAGAGGAUGAAAACUUACCAUAGAAUAUGGGCAAACAACGAGAGAAACCCAUGCAGGUUUCGACAUCACGCUGGAAAACAACUUCCAAAAUUCUAUAAUUUUGCUAAAAGAUUUAUUUGGUCAAUUAUUAUAAGAGUUGUUCAAAGUGACUCCCUAUGACGUCCUUGAAUUGUCUAUAAUGAUGCAAAAACGAUUCCUGAAUGUGCUCGAAGAUGCUUUUGACAGAUCUUUCUCUAGAUUCAAAACCUGCAUUUUUUUUUUCGGUUCUUACCCUCGCAAUGGGGUUUGCGACCCCAUAUUCUAGAGUAAGUUUUCAUCCUCUUGAUGUUUUUUAUCAUCCCUCUGAAUUUUUCAUACGAAUUUCAGAACACGCUGUAUUUUUGUUAGAUUUCUUUUCAAAACUAAAGUCAAGCUAUGAGCAUUAAAUGUCGAAAAUUAAUAUCUUAGUGAGAAAAUGUUAAAAACAUUAUCAAAUAUAACAUAUCACUAUUGAGAAAUCCAGGAAUAAAAGCAUGAAAUCAGUAGUUUGAUUGCUGCAUGAAAUUUGUUUUUCUAGAAAUCGCAUCUCAAAUCUACUAUUUCCUUCCACAGUCAAACAGGUAUUAAUGCUUUUAAUGCUGUCUUCUUUAGUAGUGAUUUCUUAGAUUUCAAUAACGUUUUGUUUUCCCCUUUUCUCCUCCUUUUUCCCUUUCCUUUUCCCCUUAUAUUGUUUUAAUGAUAAAUGAUGGCCCUUAAAGUUCUACGUUUAACAAGGCUUCCAAAAAUAUGUAUAUAAAUAACGGUGUUAAUUACUAAUUUUCUUGUAUUUAUCAUCACCAUCAUUGUAAUUUUAAUCUAUUACGCAAAUUCCAUGUCAAGUGGACUAAAUAAUUUUGAUACAGAAUUCAGAGUUUUGUUCGGUCUUUAAGAAAAUCAAAAAGUUUUAUAAAAAUCAAAAAUAUUCUAAGCAUUUUGGUAUUCACAACAAUAAAGUCUUGUUUCUUUGUCAAGUGGACUAAAUUAUUUUGAUAACAAAAUCGUACGCUACAUUUUACAUCAAAUUGUGUAUGUUUCAGGUAUGUAAAACUAUUAGGUUUUCUCACCUGCUCCCUUCGCUUGCCAAACCUUACAAUUGCUACAGUUUCUCUCUCUCUUUCUCUUUCUGGACGAUAAACAGAUUGUUACAUUUAAAUUAAAAUUCCGAUGAAAAUAUCCCAAAAUGUUUUUUUUUUCUUUCCUAGUUCCCAGUUUUAUUGGGAUAAAAUAUGAACUUAAUCCUUUGCUCGAUUAUCAUUACAACUUUAUCUACAAUUUUACUUUCAAAUACCUAUUCAAUUUUUGAUUAUAUUCCAUAUAAUUAAUUUAUAUAUAUAAUUAAAAAUGGUAUAAACCAAUAGUAUAUAUAUAUAUAUUCUUUUAUUACUAAUGAGUAGUAUUUUGACUGAAUACUUCUUAACUUUGAAUUAGCAAUUUGCUUAAAGAAACAAAAAUUAUAAUGAAGCAAUCGUGGGAGUUGGUGAGCGAAUCAAGUAGAGGGCGAGUCUCAUAGUUUUAAUACUUAAUGAGAGCUUAUUAGUAUGCUUGAUUUGAUACUUUCCAACACAGAGCACAGGCCUGUAAGCCAAGCCAUACAGACUUAACAAAUUUCAAUAUCUAUUUAAGAAGAAAAAACUUCACCUAUGGGAAUUAACAGCUCAACUAGAUUUUUUUUGAUUUAAUCAGAAAUAACGGCUCAAUUAACUGAUAAAAUGAUGGAUUCAUGGCCAGAAAGUCCUGUUAGUGACUGAAAAAAUAUUGCAUUCGGUGCCAGACAAUCUUAUUCGUGACUGAUAAAAUACUGGAUAUAUUCUUGAAUUACAUCCUAUUAUUGACGUUAUAAGAUGUAUUUAGUUUAUGCAUGUUUUCCAAAGCUACAAUGGAAACAACUUGUACUAGAAACUGAAACUAAUUUAUACAAGUGUAUUUUACACAUCUAAGUUAAAAACAAUACACCAUAUCGGUGUAAUAUUGUAUGGUGUUGUAUAUUACUGUUCAUUAUAACAAAUACAUUAUGAACUUAGUUUAUUAAUUAUCAAGAGUUAUGAUAGUAUGUAUUUAUUUGAGAGAAAUGUCUUGUUAUGGACUGAAAUUGUAAUAAUUUUACACUUUAUAAAUUUUAUGUAAAAAAUGUU